AUGGCAGGAAUACCAGAAUUAAAUGAUUAUUUUGAUGAAGAUACUAUUAUUUCUCAAAGUAAUUUAUCAUUAUGUAAAGCUAAUUAUUUUGAAGCAUGUUGGUGUAAAAUAAAUACAAAUGAAUCAAUAACAUGUCCAUAUCUAUUACGACAUGUGAAUUCAUAUUCAAAUUCAUCAUAUUUUUGUGUUUUUCAUACAAUUCGACGAGUUAUUGAAUGUUUUAAUUCAACAUCAAUAUUUCCACAAAAUGAUUCAACUUUAACAAUUAUAGUUUAUUUAACAAUAUUCAUAUUUACAAUAGGUUUUAUUGGAAAUGGUUUAUCAAUGAUAAUUUUAUUAAAUAAAACUUUACGUCGUUUAAGUGUUUAUCGUAAUUUAACUAUAUUAUGUGCUUUUAAUAUUUUAUAUUUAUUAGCAAUAUCAAUUCGUCAUCUAAAUACUUAUCAUCAAGAUUUACGUAAUAUUUCAUCAAAUAUGUGUCGUUUACAUACAUUUAUUGUAGCAUUUACUGGACAUCUUUGUUCAUGGCAACUUGUUUCAACAAGUAUUCAACGUGUAUAUGCAUUACUUAGUUUAUAUUCUCAUCGAACAAAAUCAUGGACAUCAACAUUGAGUAUUCUUAUAUGUUGUGUUAUUCUACCAUUAUUUAUUUUUGAUGCUCAAAUUUUAUUUAAUUAUGGUAUUCUAUAUAAUAAUCAUAUAUGUCAUGAUAGAUCAACUUAUGAAAUUAAACAAUUUCAACGUGCAACUCAUUAUCCAAUAAAUAAUUUAAAAUUUUUAAAAAAUAUUUCCAUUGUUUAUCAUACAAAUUUUUUUCAUAAUCAAUCAAUAAAACCUAUUAAAUGUUCUGUCUGUUUUCUAUGGAAUAUUAUUGAUACAUUUGUUUAUGCAAUUAUUCCAUUUUUAAUUAUAUUAACAAGUAGUAUAUUUAUUAUGAUUAAAAUAUAUGAAAGACGACGUUCAAUGGCUAGUUCUGGUGGAAUAUGUCAUGUAAAUCAACGUAUUAUAUCUGCUCAAGAUAAUUCAUCAAUAUUAUUAAUUGUAAUAAAUUUUGUAUUUUUAAUUAUGACAGGACCUUUUAAUAUUAGUCUUAUAAUUCAAUCAAUUUCAAAUUAUUUUUUUUUAAAAUCAUCAUCAAUAAAAAUUUUCUUACAAUUAAAUCAAUUUUUACGUUUAUUUCAAAAUUCUUAUCAUGCAUUAUCUUUUAUAUUUUAUUGUCUUAUUGGUAAUAAAUUUCGAAGUGUUGCAUUAUCAUUAUGUCGAUUAAUUCAUGAUAAAUUAUUUCAACUUAUUUUUGGACAACAAAAUGUUCAAACAUCAAUUAUUUUACGUUAUUUAGAACGAAAACAUAUUAAAAGUCUUGUACCUACUACAACAUCGACAAGUACACAUGGUGAUAAUAUACCUAUAUCUAAUUCAUUAAAUACAAAUUUAAGUGUAAGAAAAUCUUAUAUAACAUAUGGUUCAGUUAAAAAAAAAGAAAAACUAUUAGAUACAGCUGUAUAA